AUGCACCAUUCUACUCCUUUCUCUCAUGGCAAAGUCUCCUCCACACAAGGUUUGCUUUCCAUUGCUGCCAGUGGAAAUAGCAAUCAAAGAUCAACAGACCCACAUAUUUACUCCCAGAGACAUUUGAUAUAUGAUUCUCCUAGUGGUAAAUCCCAUCACAAAACUAGAGACUAUGAUUCAGAUACUGGUUAUCGUAGUGAUCAGGAGAUCAUGCGGUAUAGACAUCUACAGAAGAUGCUGCUCUCUUCAAAGAACAUUAACUCUGGGGGUGAUGCCAUUGACCACGUGCCUUUACAUCAUUAUAAUCCUCGCUUGGUCCGGUCUCGGAAAGAUGGCUACAGUAGUGACAUUGAAGGUUACAGAGUAUUGCCUCGAGAAUCAACAUCUGGUUCCUCGUUAAGGGGAUCCCUACCAAUGCAAGGUGCCCUUUAUAGGCACACUUCAAAUUCUCCUCAGCAUACCAACAACUCCCAAACUCUUGACCAGAAACCAUUGCGUGGUGAUGAGUUCUAUGGUAACAAUAAAGCUACUCCAAUACCAAGGACAAGUGACCGAAACAUUCCAAAUGAUAUUUCCGUACCUUUGACUGUCUCUGCAAGUUUUCAAGAGAAAAUGCUUGAUCAGAGUACACCAAAUGCCUCAGGGGCACCCCCCAAUUUUUCCCAUUUGCCUGAUCCAAGGCAGGAUUGGCAUUGGAACAUUCCAAACCAACAACAGGAAGAUCAUUACUCAGUAUUAGAGAACAAAGGAUAUGGCUCUCCUCAUAAGAUUGACAAUACCAUGGGAAGCCAGACAAACUUGUCAGACAAGUUCCGGCCAAGUGCCCCACCCCUUACCAGCCAACACCCCCCUACCGAUCAUCUGCUGGAAACAGGCAGCAGCAACCACCACCCCCACCUUAUCAACUUGAACCCCCACAGAUUUCCAGAUCCUCUCCACGGACUUCUAUAG